CUUAGCGCGAGCAAGCUUCUCAAGAUCAUCUUACCCUAUCUUUCUGGUUCCUCCGCAGAAAGCAUUCGAAUCCUGUCCGGCAUUUUCCUUCCUCCGGACGCAGUGUGCGUCUGCUGACAGACCACAGGCUGUGCCUGGGGGUCGGCGAACUUUGAGAGGCCUUAACGCUGUCUCCUGCGGCUCUGCUUGUUCCGGUUCUCUUUCUCCUCGCGAAGCAGCGGCUUCAGCGGGGAGUUGUCGAAUAAGGGGAUUCUGAACUGGUUCGACUUGUGUUUCCGUCAGUCCGCAGUUUUCCGGUAAAGUCAUCACAGACCGAGAGUCACACCACGUAGUGGGGCUUGACCGGGCAGUGUGUGCUGUAGUGAGCCUUCGCUGCCUCGGCUGCCAGGCUCACGUUGUUUGAAUCAGAGAGAAGCCUUUGUCGAUACAGGGCCGCUGCAUCUGUUCCUCGAAUCCACGUUUACGUGUGCAUUUGUUUGCCCGCCGGUUUCGAUUCGGGGGGGAGUCCGCCGCAGCCGAGAGGCAACCUCGCGAGUCGUCCUGUUGGACGGUGCAUUUUGUGGACACGCACUCAACUUGCGUCAGCGGAACGUGGAGCAAUUUAUGUGUGUUGGGUUAAAAUCCUUCACCUUUCCUAGAAAUUCAUAAAAGAGUGCCAAGGGGCAGCCCCAAUUUCAGCGGUUUCGCAAAAAUCCCUGAGGUCCGCCUCGCUGUGGAAACUGAACGUCGGUCGUUGAACGCGCAUUGGAAAGUGCUGACAUUCCCUGUGGGUGUUCUUCCUCCACACCCUGUCGUCUUUUGGGAUUUUCACGUCUCUUCCUGCAAAUAAGCCGUCACACGACUUCUGCUGGGUUCUCGCCCUCGCGUUGAUGCGUCUUCCUGCAGCGGUGUGACCGGAAGAACGCACGAAUACAUCACAAGGAACUUGCGUACCUGCCUCCGCACAGAUGCCGUCCCCAAUGACGGUAUCUGAGAAGUGCUUCAAGGACAUCGCAGUCGACCUCGCCUUUGCAAGCCAAACCCGCGUUGUUCGGAUCGGAAACGCGCUCUGUAAAUAGGCGUCAGCCACGAUGCCGAGAGAAAUAGACGCUAACGCAGUGGCGCUCUUUGGAUUGCGGUCCAAAGCGCCCUGCGUCAAAAGCAAAAGACCGCGACCCUAUAAUGAGACCAGAGGUGCGGGAGAGUGCGCGACGGGGUAUACUCGCCAGUUUAAUCUGGAAGCGUUCCGCUAUCUCGAAUGCUUCCAUUUGAAACGCAUGCUCUACGCCUACUUGUCUGAACUUCGGGAUUUGCUCGGAGACUCGCGGACAAGCUCAGAGAGUGCCAGUGUGAAAAGCGCCUCCCGUAGCCAGACCUCAUGCGAAGCAGGGGCCGAAGACUCGCCAGAGAGACGCCACGAGUCUGCCGACACCCCUGUCGCUGGACCGACAGGCGAUUCGCAUCCGCAGUAUAAAGUGCACAUCAUGAAGAUUUUGGAAGCGGAGACAGUGGAUGACCUGGAGGCGUAUCUCGAGGUCUUUUCAGUGUGCCUCAACUUGUGCAUUACGCCGGGCGACCUCUCCAGCAAUGCCUGUGAACUGCUCGCGUCUGCUCUUUGCCAUCUCGAAAAGAAAGAGCAAAAGGAGGAUCCUCAGAAAACGCUUCAGGCCCUGGGGCAAGACGGCGCGGUGGCAUCCUGUGUAGCAGGGACACAAAAAAUUGACGAGAACAGCGUUGGGUUUCCACAGAGUGCUGCGGCACGAGUUGGGCGCGGACACAAACCUACAGAUCAUACACUCGAGUUUGAAAAAGACGUCGAAAAAGACUUUCUGAGUGACUCGGACUUGUCCACAGAUAGCGCAGGAGGGGAAACAGGGUGUAUGAGGCGACUUGCCCGCUCUGGGGUUUCCCGGGGCCUUCUCCAGGGCCCUCGGAAGCGGCGGCGCAUGCAGCCACGACCAGAUCAACUUCUCGAGCUCGACCACGCCAAGAUUGUCUGCCUCCGACAGCUGCGGUGGCUGAAAACAGUUGUACCCACUUGGGCAGCACGAAGCAGGAGCUAUCAGGCCCAUCUCUCCCUUGUCCUGCAUGCGACGAGUGUCCCGCAACUCACAAACUAUCUUAUCAUUUUCUCCAAUCUCGAGCCUGACCCCGACGGGAAACUCCCUGUGACCCUCGCUUCUCUUACGGAAUGCCUCGAGGAGCUCCACGUCCUUCAGCACCUCGAUCGAGGCGCAUGCAGCAGCUCCUCGGAAGCAGACCCCGCUGGCGCCGCCGUUGCGUCUGCCAUGCAGCUGCCGGUAACUCCACAGGAGAUCUCGAAUAAUCUGGCUUCUUUCUUCCAGCGCCAAGCCGGCGGGAGGACGCAUGCAAAGCUGGAACGGCCUGCUGGUCACUUCGGGCGGAAAGCCAGUGGGCGCCAUGGAGGCCAGGGAGCUGUGACAAAGAAGCGACUCCUCGCGGCGCAGUUGGAGGAAGAAAUCGUGAGCAAUCUGCAGAAAACGUGGAGACAGGGUGACGCUUGGCUUCUGGAUUUUUCAAAUGCGAAACACGCAGACAGCAGACGACCGUCUGCAGAUGGUGAUGAUCCUUCGGCGCCGUGUGGAAGAGCGACGACAGGUUCGGGACGAAAGGGAAGCACACUGCGUGGCUCGGCCGCCUCUGGCAAGGAAGGGCGGGAGGACCGCGAAGACAGUGGGAGCCCGUCUAAACCGCCUGCGUGAGCAUAAGAUUUCUGGACAACAUCGAUGAACUACGUGUCCCCCUCUGCAGGGCGGGAGGAAAAUAGGAAACGGAACGGUUUGACGAUACUCUUUCUAAAGAGAGGGCCCGUGGCGUCGAAGCACGAAGUGCGCCUGCCCGGUAACCGUUCAGGAAAAAGACACGAAUGGAGCGGUAAAGAGUGGCGGAAGCGAACGUGACUAGAAACGGUAGAGAGGAAUUUGAUUAACACCAGGCGUGCUGCACACAGUGCAAUGGACAGGAUACGUAUUUCACUCUUCGCUGCCGAAAGGCGCUACGAACAGGGAGACGGCAAAGAACUGCGUCGGGAUGUGACUACCAGGGAGUACGUGGGUGGAGAGCGUGUAUGAGAGCAGCCCGCGCAUUCUGAGUGUACGAGCGAGGGUUCCAGAGUUUCGAGCAAAGAAGUUGCGAUUUCCCCACAUUUCUCAAGGUGUGUGUAGAAGUGUCAGGGACAUGAGCAGCACGCGACAUGCCGGUGCCGCACGACAUACGCCGACACGAUACGAGUGCGGGACUCUUUUUUACCCGGUGGCCGCAGUGACGUUCCUGCAGGGAUUCAGGGCACUACGGUGUAUCGAGUCAAACGGGCCAGAAGCUGACAUUGUCCUUUUUACGUAGCAAGGCCCCCAGGGUGGACGCAGAAUGCGAUUGUUCCACGAAGCACGGCCGUCCUUGAAUGCGAAAAAAUGAUUUCUUCAGAGUCGGCUCCACCUACCAGGAGCAUGUCAGUCUUCAGGCAUGCACAGCUUCCUGUGUUGUGGUGGUAGAAAAGGGAAGAACCAGUGUGCCCAGCAGUGCCCAGCGUCGGCGCCUCUGGUACGGAGGGGACGCGGGAUCCCAAAAGUUUGAGUCGAAGACCGUUCUUACCAGCUCAAAGUCUAUAUUGUGCGUGCCUGUAACGUUCUUGCCGCAAGUGGCAAGGCACAACUGUAAAAACAAUAAACUCGCUGUCGAAAGGCGCCUCCCGACCCUUGCGUGGUGUCGGCUGCGGGGAUCAGCGACGGUGUUUCGGAUACCCCCGUCCAUGUUGCUCAACCAGACCGAACAACCUAGAAAAGGUAUCUCUGACAAUCUGUACUUAGUCACGGUCAUGUCGUUUUUACGCGUUUAGCAAACUAUAACGUGCAAGCUCCCGAGCCAAACAGAAACCGGAACAUAACAUGCUUCUUCUCGCACUUUUUUGAGGCCCGCAGAUGAGGCAACGACUGACUGUUUCGCCACCCCGUUUACCCCACUUGUCAAGAACUACAAAAAUAAUUUAUACACACAAAAUAACGACCUGUCGUUUGAACUGGAGAGCUCACACUCCGUUAAGACACAUGCAUGAACAAUUUCGUUUUCAAACAAGUGAACAACUUUGUUUUCAAACGCUUGCCCAGCGACCUAGUCCCGGUGACCAAGACACUUUGCAAUGCUCCGUGUAUCUCCACCAUAACGUCACUCCGACUUCUGAAGGCCCUGCCUACCUAUCUAUCUAUAAAUGUAACUACAAAUAUACCUUUGCACCUGUGGGUUCCACCUUCGGCGCCCGCUUUGACAGAACCAAGAUGUUCAUGAGCGCACUUGCAAAAUCUUCGGUAUUUCUCAU